UGAGCUGGACCCUUUUAGACGUCCUUUUAGGAGCGAUAUCGGCCCUUUUUGUGUAAAUUACGUAUCAAAAAGCACGCACAGCACCGACCAAGGAAGUGGUCUCUGUCUCAGUUCUGAAUGAGUGAUAUUCAGCCCUCUUUCUACCCGGUUUAUGUUGAGAUUGGCCCUCCUGCAAUGGAAAAUGACCGAGCAGACACGUUUUUGAUAACUGGCGGAUGUGGUUAUUUUGGUUAUCGCCUGGCAUGCUCCCUGCAUAAAAAAGGAGCCAAAAUCAUUCUGUUCGACACAGUCCCUCCAAACCGAGACGUGCCAGAGGACAUUGUGUUUGUUCAAGGAGAUAUACGUGAGUAUGCACACGUUGAGAGAGCCAUCACUGGUGCGGACUGCGUGUUCCACAUCGCCUCCUAUGGCAUGUCUGGCAGGGAGCAGCUGAACCGCCAUCUGAUCGAGGCGGUGAAUGUUCAAGGCACGCAGAACGUCCUCAAGGCUUGCGUGGAGCACGGAGUGUCCAGGCUGGUUUACACCAGCACCUUCAACGUGGUGUUUGGAGGCCAAGUGAUAGAGAACGGGGAUGAAAGCCUCCCUUAUCUACCUCUCCAUCUUCACCCCGACCACUACUCCAGAACCAAGUCCCUGGCUGAGAUGGCAGUGCUAAAAGCUAAUGGCACAGCACUGAAGGAUGGCUCUGGGGUGCUGAGAAGCUGUGCACUGCGUCCUGCAGGAAUCUACGGGCCUGGUGAGCAGAGGCACCUGCCCAGGAUAGUUGGCUACAUAGAGAAGGGCAUCUUCAAGUUUGUUUACGGCGAACCCAGCAGCCUGGUGGAGUUUGUCCAUGUGGACAACCUGGUGUCAGCCCACGAACUUGCUGCAGAGGCUCUGACCUCAGAGCAGCAGCACCGCUCUGCUGGCCAGGCCUACUUUAUCUCAGAUGGCAGGCCUGUCAACAAUUUUGAAUUCUUUAGACCUCUGGUAGAGGGCUUGGGCUAUCCUUUCCCCAAACUCCGCCUCCCUGUCUCUCUCAUUUACUUUUUUGCCUUUCUCACAGAAAUGAUUCACCACCUCAUCGGGCCCUUCUAUAACUUUCAGCCACUGCUGACACGUACAGAGGUGUAUAAAACUGGCGUGACGCAUUACUUCAGCAUGGCAAAAGCUAAGGCAGAGCUCGGUUAUGAGCCCCAGGAGCACAACCUGGAUGAUGUUGUACAGUGGUUUAGAAGCAGAGGGCAUGGGAAAACAUCUCACAGCUCCUUCCUCAAUCGAUUGCUCCUAGACAGCCUGUUUGUUGCUGCCUUUGUUGCUGUGGCUCUCUCUUUUCUUCCACUUGUUGGUAGUUGAUGAGCAACUAAAGUAAAAAUAUCAUAUCUUUCCAAAAGGUUGUUUAACAGGUCUUGAUGUGACAACGUCAACAUGCACGUUUUAUUUUUAAUUGGUCAGUGUUAGCAGCUGUCUACAGACCAACAAGCAAAAAUGUUUAUGGGUUUAAUGUUUAUUUGGGGUCCUUUUUAUACCCAUCACAAUAAUCAUAGAAUCUAUGUACCUUAAUGUCUUAAUUUUACAUCCUAUAGUUGUCACUUUCAGACACUAUAUGUUAAAUGCUACCUCUUUUUCCACAACAGUUGCCUUUUGAACGAAAGGCAAAGAUUGAUGAAUGCUGGAAGGUGCUGAAAGGUUCUGAAACUGUAAUGAAUAAAACCUUACAAGGAAAA